CUCAUCAACGGUGGAAGACCCAUCAACCGUCCUCCACUCCUCCCCCCCUCUCUCUCUCUCAAAUUCUCUCUCUACAAACUUUUCUUCCUCUCUCUCUCUCUCCUCUCUCUGCGAUCCGUUCCCACUUCCCUGGCUUGAAACCCUUGUCCAUUUCUCUCUUCUGUAAAUAUAUCUAUCCUCGCAUCGCAUGUAGAUGUAUAAGCACACAUAAUUUGCAUCAGAAAUGGAUGAGGCCUCGUUCGAUCUCAAUUUCGCGAACCUCUUAAAAUGGCCAGCGAUAAUCGAAACAUUCGUCGACAUAUUGCUAUGCGCGGUCCCGAUUUGGGUCGCGGUAAUGAUAGGGCUCGUGAUCGGGUGGGCCUGGCGGCCCAGGUGGACCGGGCUGGUCUACCUAGGGCUCCGGUCCAGGCUCCGGUUCUUCCUGACGAUGCCGCCCGGGUUCGGGGCCCACCGGCUCUGGAUCGCCUUCACGGCUCUGUCCGCGUUCUCGGUGGGGCGGACGCUUUGGACGAGGUCCAGGGGGAAGGCCAAGGACUCGUCGGACGGCGCCGUUUCGGGUCCGAAGUCGUUGGGGCCGGAGGAGAAAGGAGAUUUCAAGCCCUGCACUGGAACCUCAAAGAUAGAGAGCGUAGUUGCAGAGAAUGAUCUAGAACACCUUUUGCGUCUUCUUGAUAGCAAGGACGGGGAAAUGGGGUGGCAAGGUUUGAUGGAACGGUCCACCUCAAACUUCACAUACCAAGCUUGGCGCCAUGAACCUGAGACAGGGCCCGUUGUCUACCGUAGCAGAACUGUUUUCGAGGAUGCAACACCGGAGAUGGCUAGGGAUUUCUUUUGGGAUGAUGAGUUUCGCCCUAAAUGGGAUCCUAUGUUUGCAUACUUUAAAAUGUUGGAGGAAUGUCCUCAUACAGGGACCACGAUUGUCCACUGGAUAAAGAAGUUCCCCUUUUUCUGCAGUGAUCGCGAGUAUAUCAUUGGGCGGAGAAUAUGGGAAGCUGGAAAGAAAUAUUAUUGCGUGACAAAGGGAGGGGUGCCAUUUCCAGCCUUGCAAAAACGUGACAAACCUAGGCGCGUGGAUCUUUACUUUUCAAGUUGGGUUAUCAAACCUGUGCAAUCACGUAAAGGAGACGGGCUAUUGCCAGCGUGUGAGGUUUCUCUUGUUCACUAUGAAGACAUGGGAAUCCCCAAGGAUGUGGCAAAGUUGGGAGUCCGUCAUGGGAUGUGGGGAACCGUGAAGAAGUUGCACUCUGGGUUCAGAGCAUAUCAGCAAGCAAGGAAAUCUGAUUCACCUCUGUCCAGAAGCGCUCUGAUGGCCAGAAUCACCACAAAGAUUACAUCUGAUGAGAAUUCAGAUGAUUCUUUGGUUUUAGCGUCGGACAGAGAAGGGAGGGAUCAAGUGGUGGAUAUUCAGAGAGAGAGAGAUCGCCUUGGCGGUGUUGACUGGAAAUGGGUAGUUUUAGGUGGGACUGUGGCUGUGGUUUGUGGACUUCAUACAGGGGUUAUAGGAAAAGCCUUGUUACUUGGAGCAGGCCAAAGAGUUGCCCGGAGGUGAGAGAAUUCAGGCCAAGAGUUUUAUCUUUCCCCCUUAUUUUUUGUCUUUUUGUUUUUACCCUAUAAUACAUGGAUCUGUGGCAACUGAGAACCUAAAUUCUCAUAUUAUACCUACAUUAUUGAUUAUGUAUUAAUGCUUCCAAUUGUUGGUGGCUAAUUUGUACUAUCAUGUACUUGGAGGAAAAAUAGUAAUCUAUAGUAUUUUCUAUUUUUUCUACCCAA